AAGAAGAUGAGUGGGACAAAGAAGACACGCAAGCAAGAAACCCAGUCACCAGCUCCCUCUUCCAGCGGACAGGCUGUGGAAAAACAGGACUUGGUAAGUCCAGAGUGUGUAUGUACACAGUAGGUACGUGUGUUCAGUAAUACCCUCCUGAUUAAAUUGUUGGUGAGAUAAUAUCAAAUCAAGUCACAUUUUAUUGGCCAUAUGCGCCGAAUACAACAGGUGCAGAUAUUACAGUGAAAUGCUUACUUACAGCCCUUAACCAACAGUGCAUUUAUUUUAAAUAAAAAAGUAAAAUAAAACAACAACAAAAAAGUGUUGAGAAAAAAUGAGCAGAAGUAAAAUAACAGUAGGGAGGCUAUAUAUACAGUGGGGUACCGGUGCAGAGUCAAUGUGCGGGGGCACCGGCUAGUUGAGGUAGUUGAAGUAAUAUGUACAUGUGGGUAGAGUUAAAGUGACUAUGCAUAAAUAAUUAAGAGUAGCAGCAGCGUAAAAAGAUGGGGUGGGGUGGGGGGGCAGUGCAAAUAGUCUGGGUAGCCAUGAUUAGCUGUUCAGGAGUCUUAUGGCUUGGGGGUAGAAGCUGUUGAGAAGUCUUUUGGACCUAGACUUGGCACUCCGGUACCGCUUGCCGUGCGGUAGCAGAGAGAACAGUCUAUGACUAGGGUGGCUGGAGUUUUUGACAAUUUUGAGGGCCUUCCUCUGACACCGCCUGGUAUAGAGGUCCUGGAUGGCAGGAAGCUUGGCCCCAGUGAUGUACUGGGCCGUACGCACAACCCUCUGUAGUGCCUUGCGGUCGGAGGCCAAGCAGUUGACAUACCAGGCGGUGAUGCAACCAGUCAGGAUGCUCUCGAUGGUGCAGCUGUAGAAUAGGCUUUGUCGUGCCCUCUUCACAACUGUCUUGGUGUGUUUGGACCAUGAUAGUUUGUUGGUGAUGUGGACACCAAGGAACUUGAAGCUCUCAACCUGUUCCACUACAGCCCCCUAAUUGUUUCUCUGACCUCCCUUUGUCUAUGUCACUGCCUCACCUGUCCCCCAAUUUAUAACUUGAAGAAGGAGUUUCAGGAUCCAGAGCCAGGGAAGACACAGGAACUGUAUGCCCAAAUGGAUUACAUCCUGGAUAGGGUAAAUCAAAACAACUUCCAGCAAUCGAUGAAGGCAAUUACUGAGUUCACCAUUAACACAGAGGCCAGACUGAAGAGCAUCAUUCACCUCAUAUAUGAGAGGGCCCUGGCACAACCUGCCAGCUCUGUGGUCUAUGCCAACAUGUGCCGCUGCCUCAUGGGGGUAGGUCUGCAUCUGUACAAUUCUCCAUCUGUGUGUAUUUUGUCUGUCUCUCACAGAGGUGAUUGCUAUUUUUUGUCAAAUGCCAGUGACCACACACCGAGAACAGGAUGAAAUCGUACAUAUUGUGCUUUUAACCAGAGUUUUUGCUCCCUUCUGCAUAUCCUCCUCAGCUUAAAGUACCCACCGCUGCCAAACCAGCAGUGACAGUAAAUUUCCGCAAGCUGCUUCUGAACCGAGUCCAAAAUGACUUUGAGAACAUGGCGAGAAACAGUCGUGAAAUCUUGCAGCAAAAGCAGGAGAUGGUGGAUGCCAUCACCAAGGUAGCACAUCCAUCCCUUCAGAUACACUGCCCACUACAUUAUAGACCAACACUUUGAGACAUCUUUUUGAGAUAGUCUAAUCUGAUCUAAAUUAUAUUAAUUCCUCUGUAUGAUUUUGAUGUGCGAUUGAUUAUGUUGCCCUAACUGUGAAUUGGUAAUAUAUUGUGGUGGUAUUCCCUUCAAUUGAUCAUUGGAAUACGGUUUGUUAUCUAACUAGUAACAAUUUGUAUAGUUUUACUUAUUAACUUUCCUGAUUCUUCCAGGAGGAGGAGCGCCAGCGACUGAGGAAGGAGCUGGAGGAGGCCAAGACCGAGGGGCGGAGGCAGUCGCUAGGCAAUAUCAAGUUCAUGUGUGAGUUGUUCAAGUUGAAGAUGCUGACGGAGUGCGUCAUGCACGACGUCAUCGUACAGCUGCUGAAGAACCAAGAUGAUAACUCGCUGGAGGGCCUGUGCACAUUACUCUACACCAUCGGCAAGGACUUGGACUUUAAGAAGGCCAGGGUACAGCAUUUUGUCUGUGUGUCUGUCCGCCCAUCCGUCUGUCUCUGUCUGUCUGUUCUUGAACAAAAUAGAAACAUUGUAUUUCGUUUUUAAAAUCCAUGACAGCAAAAUCAAUGGCAUUGCAUCAAUGGCAUUUUAAUCCCAUAUUUUGGGAUUGAUCAAUCCAAUAAAAUAAUUUUUUGGGGGGGAUUCAGAUCUAUAAAUCAGUCAAAAGCAUUCACUUGGCCUGUCUAUACUUCCACAGCCCAGAAUGGAUCAGUACUACAACCAGAUUGUGAAGAUUGUGAAGAAUAGGACAACCUCCCCCAGAAUCACAAGCAUGCUGCAGGAUGUGCUGGACCUCCGAAAG